AUGGAAGACGAUCGGAAUCUCUAUCUCUGCUCCCGCUAUCCUCGCCACUACGCCGCGCACAUUGACAUUUGGAACUACAAGCCGCUCUAUCAAAAUGUCUUUGGAGGAAUAGUGAGUUUUACAAAAGAAACAUUCGAAAAACUAAACGGAUACAGCAACGAAUACUGGGGUUGGGGAGGAGAAGACGACGACUUGCAAGUUAGGCUGAAAGGGGAAGGAUAUACUAUCAUCAGACCGUUUGAUGAAAUCUCAAAAUAUAGAAUGAUCAAGCAUGGAGAGGACGAAGGCAAUGAGAAAAAUCCUCUGAGAAAUUCAUUACUACAGUAUGCUGGAAAACGUCAACAUCAUGAUGGACUCUCUGACUUAACAUACAAAGUUCUCUCAAAACAAUUCAACACUUUCUACCUCAAUAUCACCGUUGACCCUCACUACCCAAUUACCAACUUUACCCAACAACGAAAAAUCGACGGCGAAAUCAUUGAUCCCUCGCCGAAAAACGAAACAAGUGAAAAAGAAACGUGA